CCGGUAUGGCGGAACGCGUCUCUAUGUCGGUCGCUUGUCAUCGCGGACGAGGUCGCGUGAUCUUGACGACCUCUUUAGCAGAUACGGAAGGUUUCUUGGCUUUUGCCUAACCUGGAGGUCUAUGGUGAGAGGGUGACCCUUGGUGGAUUUGGCGAGUCUUUCUAUAAUGUUAUUGCGUGUUUUUAUGGAAAUGGCAACAAACUCAAAGUGGUGUUUAGUUCAUCUGUGAGGGGCGAAGUGUCCACCCUUCGAUACUUGUGUCUUGAUGGCCUUACUGUUUCUGGAACCCGUUUACGCAGAGUACGCGAUGUGGAUAUGAAGCGCGACUUCGCCUUUGUUGAGUUCAGUGACCCUCGAGAUGCCGAAGAUGCAAUAUAUGGUCUGAAUGGACGGGAUGUUGAUGGAAGCCGUGUCAUUGUAGAAUUUGCCAAAGGGGGGCCACGGGGUCCUGGUGGAUCUCGUGAGUAUCUUGGAAGAGGUCCUCCUCCUGGAUCAGGGCGCUGCUUUAAUUGUGGAAUUGAUGGCCACUGGGCUCGAGAUUGCAAGGCUGGGGACUGGAAGAACAAGUGUUAUCGCUGUGGGGAGCGUGGCCACAUUGAAAGGAAUUGUAAGAAUAGUCCUAAGAAACUCAGGGGCCGGAGUUACUCAAGAUCACUUAGUCCUCGACAUGGGAGAAGUCGUAGUUACAGCAGGGACCGUAGUUACAGUCGAUCUAGAUCACCUUUGAAGAGAGAGAGAAGCCUUGAGCGGGCUGAGAGAAGAUCAAGGAGCCCCCGCGACAGCCGAAGCCCUAAGCGGAACAGGAGUUCACCACCACCAUCUAAAGGGAGGAAGCGUAGCCUUUCACCCAAUGAGGGGAGCCCACAAGAGAGAGGUAGCCCAUCCCCAAGGGAUGGCAGGCAGCCCAAUGGGUCCGAUUACAGUGGGAGUCCCAGGCGAAAGAGCAGAAGUCCUAUUGAUGAUGCUGAUGGAGAGGGUCCCCGUGAUAGGAGUUAUAGGAGCCCUGGUGAAGAAAAUGGCAACAGUCGCAGCCCUAGUCCUGUCCGUAGGGAUGACAGGAGCCCUGUUGAUGAUGAUGAAAAUCAUGGUUCUCCAAGAGGCAGCGAGUCAAACUAAAAGCAGAGCCAAGUGACAAGUCAACUUAAAACCUGUGUUUGCGAAAGGUUUUUUCUGCUUUGUAUGGAUAAUUUUUCUAUAGCUGUUUUAAGAUUUUCUGAACUUUGUAUGGGCAGAAGUGCCAAUGUGGAAUAGUUCCAGUGAUCUAAACUGAACCUUUUAGUUAAUUUAACGAACACGUGCCAUCAGGACGACCUGGGAUUCUUUUGA